GUGGGGGCGUCGCUACAACGUGCACACACACCUGGUUCGUAUACGUUAAUACCGAAGUCAAUAUUCUUCGAGCCAUCAUCUCAACCACGGCGUUGCUGCUCGGCUGUCGAGUCUGCUUCGCGUCGGCGGCACGAUUGUCACGGUCUCCGUCACCGAGGGCCGCCUUCGUUCCACGAAGCAACGGAUCCAUGCCCGCGGCAACCAGAACUGGCCCUGCUGCUGUCAUGGCGAGCACCAAAGACGCGCCUGCUGGGCCCGCGAAAAGGGGAGCGUUCAUUCUGUUCGAGGGCGUGGAUAGGUGCGGGAAAACGACGCAGGCGAAUUUGUUGGUGGAGAGUCUAAAGCAGGCUGGUCACGACGCCUGCUUCAUGCGCUUUCCCGAUCGAACAACGCCGAUUGGACAGAUGAUCAACGGCUUCCUGCAGAACACUACGGGCAUCGACGAUCGCUGCGUUCACCUCCUCUUCUCUGCGAAUCGAUGGGAGGCAGAAUCGAAAAUCCGAGAGCUGCUCAAGGUGGGUACUACCGUCGUAUGUGACCGGUACGCCUACAGCGGAGUCGCCUUUUCAGCUUCCAAACCCGGGCUAUCGGUGAGGUGGUGCAAAGACCCCGAUCGAGGACUCCCGGCGCCGGACAAGAUACUUUUCCUUGACAUCUCCGUAGAGGAUGCCAUGAAGCGAGGACAAUUUGGAGAAGAACGUUACGAGAAGGAGGAGUUUCAAAGAACAGUCAGGGCGACGUUCUUGGCUCUUAUGGAAGAAGACAAGGCUUCUGGGGUGGCGUGGCAGCUGAUUGAUGCCAACCGGGAGAUUGGGUCAAUUCAGGACGAGAUCCAGAAGAUUGGCACCUCGGUUGUGGGGGAAGUGGAGGGAAAGGAUAUAGGCUCGCUGUGGUCUCGCAAAGAGGACUAGAAUAGGAAAGAUGCGAAGUAGUUAGUGUUGUGGUUGUCUGCGCGACCUCUUAACAUCGUCAAUGCAUGGUUGAAGAUACAGCAGUAGCCGGGGGAGGGGUCACGGCUUGCACGGAAUGCUUCAGGAUGCUUUCUAGUGUUGUAUCAUGGCUGGACAAACAUAAUCAUGAAUUAUUUGUCGCGGUUGACGCGGUGUAAUUCUUGGUAGAGGAAAUCCCCCUUACCAAGGCACCUGCAAU